UUCACGUAUGCCAUGUCGCUCCUAAGUUUAGCCCAUCUCAAUCAACACAAUGGCGAUUCCACUGUUCGUGUUAGACCGCUUCGUGUAUGGCGGACAAUGACGCCUGACGGGAUCACAAUUGAACAAUUUCAUAUGUUGUUUCUGGACAACCAGGGAACAGAGAUUGAAGGCUAGGUUGAUACGGAUGAGAUACCAUUGUUUGAUCUCUUUCUACU